AUGUCUCUGCCGCCUUAUACGCCCGCCGCUCCAAGCAAAGAGCCAUGUAAGUUGGACGAAUGCUAUUGGGAACCCGGAUGUGCGUCGAGACUGACAUGUGACUAUGCACGCUCAGUGGAUUAUGUCCAGCUCGUAAAUCUGGAUCUGUCCAAGUACGAAACCCCAGAGGGCCGCAAAGGGCUGGCCGCACAACUGUACGAAGCUGCCACCGGCUAUGGUUUCCUGACGCUCACCAACCAUGGCAUCUCCGACGAGGUCUACCAGCGUCAGAUGCAGAUUUCGAAUGCAGUCAUGACUCUCCCUCCGGAGGAGAAGAAGCCAUUCGCAGUCACCCCCCAGGAGGACGCGCGAGGACUCUACGUCGGGUUCAAGCCAUCCGGCCCCCUCGGCCACAAGGGCGGUUUCCCCAAGCAGCUCGACCACUACAACAUCCUCGUGCACGACCCGAAGCAGCGUCCUCACCCGGAGAUCAUACGCCCGUACCUGGAGGAGACGCACGAGGUGAUGCACUUCAUCAGGAACAAUAUCCUGAAGAAGCUCCUCGCGCUCAUGGCCAUGGUCCUGGAGGUUCCCGAGUCGGACAUCCAGGCCACCCAUGCCCUGGGUGGCUCCAAGACCGAGUACAUCCGCUACAUGGUGUGCGAGCCGCGUCCCAGGGAGGAGAGCGAGAAGUACCGCGACAUCUUCCUGUCCGGCCAUACCGACUGGGGGUCCUGGACCUUCCUCUUCUCCCAGCCCAUCGCCGCGCUCCAGGUCCUCGACCACCACGACGGCAAGUACCGCUGGGUCCGGCACCAGCCCAACGGCCUGGUCAUCAACUUUGGCGAGGCCCUGGAGCGCCUCACCGGCGGCCUGUUCAAGGCCACCAUCCACCGCGUUGUCCAGCCGCCCGUGGACCAGCGCCACCUCCGCCGCAUCGGAGUCAUCUACUUUGCCCGUCCGGCUGACGACUGCGAGCUGAAGCCUCUGGAGAGCUCCCCACUCCUGCGCCGCCUAGGGCGCGACAAGCCCAUAGACGACCGCAUCUUCUGCAUGGCCGACUACCUGGAUGCCCGCAAGCAUGGCUGGAAGCGCUACGAGUACGACAUCGAUCGCCCCGCCGACCCUGUCAAGCAUGCCGACUUCUUCGCUGGGGAGUACACGGACCCUGCCGGUCACAAGAGUCUCGGAAAGUUUGAUGACAAGCCCCGCGAGGUUUACGUUCCAACUCUCAAGGCCUAG